AUGGCUUCCUCCGUCAGAGCCAUGAGCUCCAUUCGCGCAGCCCACCAGCUGCUCCCGAAAGCUCCGCGUGCUGCCAAUGCCGGUCGCAGAACCCUCACAACCACCUCCAGACAAUCUCUCAGAACCCUCACCGCGAGGCCGAGAUCCGCCGCCCUUCCCCAGGUCGGAACCGUUGCGCGCCAGCUUACCAGAAACUACGCCGAUGUCGCUCCCAAGAAGGCUGGCAAGGUCCGCAAGACCUUCAGAUGGGCCUGGCGCUUGACCUACCUCUCUGCCCUCGGUCUCUUCGGCUACAUUGGAUAUGUUGUCUACGAUGACAGGCACCCCGAGGAUCAGGUAGAGCUGGACCCUACCAAGAAGACGCUGGUCAUUCUCGGCACUGGCUGGGGAUCCGUCUCUCUCUUGAAGAAGCUUGACACGGAGAACUACAACGUCGUCGUCAUCUCGCCCAGAAACUACUUCCUCUUCACCCCUCUUCUGCCUUCCUGCACCACCGGUACCAUUGAGCACCGCUCCAUCAUGGAGCCCAUCCGAACCAUCCUCCGUCACAAGAAGGCCGCCGUCAAGUUCUACGAAGCCGAGGCCAGCUCCGUCGACCCCGAGAGAAAGGUUGUCAAGAUCCUGGAUACGUCGGAGAUCAAGGGCACCACCUCCGAGACUGAGGUCGCCUACGACCUGCUGGUCGUCGGUGUCGGAGCUGAGAAUGCCACCUUUGGCAUUCCCGGCGUGCGCGAGAACUCGUGCUUCUUGAAGGAGAUUAACGACGCCCAGGCGAUUCGCAAGAAGAUCAUGGACUGCGUCGAGACCGCCGCCUUCAAGGAUCAGUCUGCCGAGGAUGUCAGCCGUCUCAUGCACAUGGUUGUCGUCGGUGGUGGCCCCACUGGUGUCGAGUUCGCCGGUGAGCUUCAGGACUUCUUCGAGCAGGACAUCAAGCGUCUGGUCCCCGAGAUUGCCGACCGCUUCAAGGUUACCCUGAUCGAGGCUCUCCCCAACGUCUUGCCCUCCUUCUCCAAGCAGCUGAUUGAGUACACCGAGAAGACCUUUGAGGAGGAGAAGAUUGACAUCUUGACCAAGACCAUGGUCAAGAAGGUCACCGACACCUACGUCCAGGCCGAGGGUACCGGCCCCGACGGAAAGAAGCAGACCCUCACCAUUCCCUACGGUCUUCUCGUCUGGGCUACCGGUAACGCUGUCCGCCCCAUCAUCCGCGACCUCAUCACCAAGAUCCCCGCCCAGAAGGACUCUCGCCGCGGUCUGGCCGUCAACGAGUACCUCGUUGUUCAGGGCACCCGUGACAUCUGGGCCAUUGGCGACUGCGCUGUCGCUGGAUACGCCCCGACUGCUCAGGUCGCCGCACAGGAGGGUAACUUCCUUGCCAAACUCUUCAACAACAUGGCCAGAACCGAGACCCUCGAGGAACGCGUCCAGGAGCUCAGCGCCAACCUGAACCUCAAGCCCGGCAACGCUGCCGAGGUCGCCAAGGAGAUCGAGGCUCACGAGCGCCAGCUCCGCCGCAUUAAAGACAUCAAGCCUUUCCACUACUCUCACCAGGGCAGCUUGGCCUACAUUGGCAGCGAGAAGGCUGUCGCCGAUGUUGCCUGGUGGAACGGAAACAUUGCCAGUGGUGGUACUAUGACCUACUUCUUCUGGCGCAGUGCCUACCUUUCCAUGUGCUUCAGCACUCGCAACCGUCUCCUCGUCGUCAAUGACUGGCUCAAGUCCAAGGUCUUUGGUCGCGACAUCUCAAGAGAAUAA